CCAGCCGGGGCGGGGCGGAGCUGUGGGGCCGCCGGGCGGGGCACAUCCCUCGCCGAGCCGCGGCUGGAUGGCAGCGGCGGGCCCGGGCGCGGCGGCGGCGGCGCACGAGAUCAGCCAGCCCGGCUGAGGCCACUUAGCGAUGACAAAACAAAAGCUUCUGCUUGAUGGAACACUCUCCUUGUUUCUGGUCGUGGCCUGUGAAGCUCAGCAGCUCCUGAGGAGUCAUGUUGCUGCCAGUUCUGGUCCUCUGUGUGAGAAGGAGGCAGAAUCCUGGGGAAAUAUUUUCAGCAGCGAGCGGCUGGAUGCCUGGAUCUGUUCCCUCAUCGGUUCAUUCAUAGUGGGGCUGAGUGGCGUCUUCCCCUUGCUGGUGAUCCCAUUUGAGACAGGUGCCGCUCUGCGGUCAGAAGCUGGAUCACACCGUUUGAAGCAGUUGUUGAGUUUUGCAAUUGGUGGGCUACUGGGGAAUGUGUUUCUGCACUUGCUUCCUGAAGCCUGGGCCUACACAUGCAGUGCAACAACAGGAGAAGGGCAGAGCUUUCAGCAACAGAAGCUUCUGGGUCUCUGGGUGAUCAUUGGUUUCCUGACCUUCCUGGUGCUAGAGAAGAUCUUCCUAGAGAAAGAAGAGGAGGAGUGCCCUGGUGUGGGCUGUGAUUCCAAAGCACUGGCUGGAAAGAUUCCCAAUGGAAGCGGCUACCCCCUUUCAAAGGUGACAGGCCAAUCCCAAAGAGCAGGAACAGGUUCAACUCAGUGUAAUGGCUCCUCUCUCCAGUCUUGCCCAACAGACAACAGAAUCAAGAUUAGCGGAUACCUCAAUCUGCUGGCCAACACCAUUGAUAACUUUACACAUGGCCUGGCAGUAGCAGCCAGCUUCCUGGUUAGCAGAAAGGUUGGGUUCCUAACCACAAUGGCCAUUCUCCUGCAUGAAAUCCCGCAUGAGGUUGGAGACUUUGCAAUCCUACUUCGGGCUGGCUUUGACCGCUGGAGUGCAGCCAAGAUGCAGCUUUCCACAGCUCUAGGGGGGAUUCUAGGAGCCUGCUUUGCAAUAUGUGCUCAGUCACCAAAAGGAGCAGGGGAAACGGUAGCCUGGAUCCUCCCUUUCACUUCUGGAGGAUUUCUAUAUAUUGCCUUGGUAAAUGUUGUGCCUGAUCUCCUGGAGGAAAAGAACCCUUGGAACUCCCUGCAGCAAAUUCUGCUCCUGUGUACAGGCAUUACAGUCAUGGUGCUACUCUCGCUCACAACCGAGUGACCUCUGCGCAGACCCCAUGAUGCCUCCCAGAGCCGCCACGGUGACUCUGAGCUGUUACAAAGCAAUAAGGAACACUAAUGUCAAUUCCUAUGUGUGUGCGUGCAGAUCUGGCUGCUAAUGUGACAAGCAGGGGACAAAGAGGUCUGGGUGUGCAGGACUUUGUUCCCUGGCUCUCCUAUCCCUGUUCUGCUAAAAUCCACACAUUAAGGGCUUCCAGUUUUUUUUUUUUGUCUGUUUGCUUUAUGGAGCAAAAGAUACAGUGAGCAGAAACGAACUGAACAACUGCUGCACAGCAAAAGGACAAUGUUUCAUUUGGUUCAUUCUGAUGGAACUGUACCUCCCAAGCUCUUGUGUGAAAAUACCAGAGGCAAUUCCUGUAGCUGAUGAAGAGGAGGGACUUUUCCUACCACUCCAAUGGCUGAGGCAGAAAAAGGAUAGCAAAUCAAAAAUAAACUAACAGCUUUAGCCAGAACUACCUACCCAUGAGAAGUUACGGUGCUAUGAGACGGGGGAAAAGACCGUUUCCAAUUUGAUCUCUGGCUUUUUGUUGACAUCAGUUGUUCCUAAAGGUAGUAUUAGCCUCAGCGGUCCACCUCUUUGGUCUAUUUUGUAUUUGUUGAUUUUGAAAUAGAGCCAAAAGCUUUUGAGGCACUUUAGGAUAGGCCACUCCAAUAGCCAGCACAGCCUGUUUAUCUGAAAAAAUGGUCAGUAAAUGUUUCUUCUAUUGCCAUACUACCAGCUCACCUACAUCUGGAAGGAAAGCCACGUGUUCGUUGCAACUGAGCUCCCUCUCCUCAUAACUAUUAGCAGAACAUGGCUCUGAGCCUACCUUUGAGACCCAACUCACCCACUGUCUGCCCCGCACCACGUUUCAGUGCUCUCUUGAGGUGUAGGAUGUUGGCCCUGCCUGGCAUGCUACAGCAGCCCUAGGCUGUCAUGGCAGGGGUCUGGGCACUUUGGGCAAUAGCUGAACACUACAGCCUGGUCAGCAGCCAAUAACCCCGGGUUAGCUUCCCCUCUGUUCAGUGUAGACUAUUUAAGAGCAUGCUAUAACCAAAAAUAUAGACGGUAGCCUAUUUCUGGGCUUCUUACCUUGCAGUGGAGCUAGUCUGCUCGGGAUGGCUGGAUAAAUAAUACUGACAGCCCUUAAAGGAAGGGGCAUGGUAGCAAAUAAUACUGGAGGGAGGUUGAAAUGAGAAGGGUGGAACUUGGUGAAAAGAUUUUUAAAAAUGGGUCUGGAAAAGCUGUGAGCUAAAUAAGGAGAGAAGGGAAUAUGAAAGGGUGACAGUAAGUAUGCCUUAAGAGGAGUUUUCUGUUGUGUGAUGCUUGGGAUAAAAUUUUUGGCAAUUUGAGACCAAUAAAAAUAAAUUACAUUUCCAGUGCUUUGCCCACAUCCCAGCUCACGGGGAUGACCAGGCCAUCGUUGUCCGGGGGUGUUUUAUUGCCAUGGAGCUGUGCACAGUUAUUGGAUCAUCCCUUCUGCAAAGCUUAUUCUUGCUUUGCUUAAAUCUGUUUAAAAACAGGUCUAAUUGAACUGGCAGAGUCAUUGGACACAAAACAGUUACCACAUUGUGAAUUGCACCAACUCAGCUCUGUCUUUAAACAGUUUUUGUAAAUCAGUACAGCUCUCCAGUCUACACAGGGCCUUAUCAAGAGGGCUCUUCCCAUGGGAGGAUGAUUUGGGUCAGAGCAAGAUGCAGGUACGCUGCCCACAGCAGAGGCAUUUACUUCCCCAAGAGAUUCCUGAACUGUUGACAUAGUUCUUUUUUUUCGACAGCUCCCGUCCUACUUUUCAGAGUGCUGAAGAGCUCAUGCUUGCAGUUUUCUCUGCCCGUAAACUGCUGCCUGCAAUUUUUUCAGCUUUCCUUACCCCAGGCUUACAUCAGUAACUAGUUUCAUUGCAACAAGGAGGGAGGCUUAAUGCAAUUUUUUUUGUCCUCUUUACAAAGUUGCCUUCCUUUGCCAACUACUCCCUCUGUCAUUCAGUUGUCACAAAGUCUGAGUAGCAUCUGCUACCUGCUUUCCUGGAAGGAGGAUUAAUCUGAACAGCCUGCUGGGACUAGGGGAGUAGGCUAACUUUCUAGUUCUAGCUUUGGGGUGUUUUUUCCUCCCACCCUCCUCCCCCUUGCCCAGGGAUUGAAGCUAAGCGGAUGCUGUAGUAGGGCACUGGCGGAAGCAGCUUUCCAUAGAAUGACAUGCCUGCUCUUUCCCAAGAUGUCUGUCUCAAAAUGAGGCUGGUAUUUAAGUUGAGGCAUUGCCAGGUGAGUGCCCAUGCGUUAGUGUUGUUGCAUCAGCCACGAGCCUUGCCAAGACUGAAAACCACCGUCAGGAUUUUGCAUUCAGGAAUGCGAAGUGGAUGACACUGAAGAAGGAAUUUCUGAGUUGUUUUUCUUGGCUGCUACCACAGGCCUGGACAGUCUGCAGUUUUUGGGAGAUACUCAGCUAGGAGGUAGCAUGGGGCUUGCGGGGGGUGGGAAGGGCUUGUUCGUUUUCUACUACAUCAGCCCUGGGGCUGAGGAUGGAGAACCUCGGGAGGAAAUGGAGCAUUGCUCCACCACCUUUGUCACUUUUGGAAAUGCAGAGAGAAUAGUAUUUUCUAGUUCUAUUUUUUCAGAUGCUCUUUUGCAUUUUCCCCCUUCAUCUGUAUUGGUCUGCUCUGCAUGGAGACAAUAGAGAUGAAAUAAAUGGUUUUCCACGA